AACCUUAACUUUGUCAAUAUAUAAAUGGAUUUCUUGAAAAUAUUCAGAUUUUAGGAUCUAUGAUUUUAUCUGGUGUGAAGACAAGAAUUAUAAAAAGAGAGAAUCAGGGAUUUUGAUGUAGCAAGUGUAAACGUACAUGACUUUUUAAUGAUCUAGAUGAUUUUUUCCCUGAACAUUUCUAAUGCUGCUUUUUGAAGCUGAAUAACAUACUUUGAACUAAUUACUUAGUUUUAAACGGACUGUUACAGGAAACACUGGUGGUUUUCCUAGGACUAUCAAGAGUAUCAAAUAACAAGACUUAACAACGGAAUUCAUGCAAUAUCUGGUAGAGCAAAAUAUGAUUCAGUGGAUGAAGAUGAGAAAACAGGCAGAGCUGAAUAUUCUUUCUCCUUACCAACUGCCUAGGAGUUAUAAAGGAGUAAUUUCUUGAAGAAGACGUGAGUUGCCACCUGUUGAUGUGAACUGAUGAUUCAAAAUCUAACACACUAAUCUGUAAUAUAUUGCAAUAAGAAAUAAGAAAAGAGGUUAACAAUGGCAACCUUCCUGGAAUUCAUCCAGCAGAAUGAAGACAGAGAUGGAGUUAGAUUCAGCUGGAAUGUUUGGCCUUCAAGUCGCCUUGAAGCCACAAGAAUGGUAGUCCCAGUGGCUUCCCUCUUUACACCACUGAAAGAGCGUCCUGAUUUGCCUCCCAUUCAGUAUGAGCCAGUUCUGUGCAGUAGGACCACCUGUCGUGCAGUUCUGAAUCCCUUAUGCCAAGUGGAUUAUCGAGCAAAACUCUGGGCUUGCAAUUUUUGUUAUCAAAGAAAUCAGUUUCCUCCUACUUACGCUGGUAUAUCAGAGAUGAACCAGCCUGCAGAACUUUUACCUCAGUUUUCUAGUAUUGAAUAUGUAGUACAGCGUGGUCCUCAGAUGCCUUUGAUAUUUCUUUACGUUGUGGACACAUGCAUGGAAGAUGAAGAUUUGCAAGCCCUGAAGGAAUCCAUGCAAAUGUCAUUAAGUCUCUUACCACCAACUGCUUUGGUAGGGCUUAUUACAUUUGGGAGAAUGGUGCAGGUCCAUGAGCUUGGUUGUGAAGGAAUUUCAAAAAGCUAUGUCUUCAGAGGCACAAAGGACCUAUCUGCAAAACAACUUCAGGAAAUGUUGGGGCUUACUAAAGUAUCUGUUUCACAAGUAGGCCGGGGUCCUCAGGUACAGCAGCCACCACCUUCUAACAGAUUCCUACAGCCAGUGCAGAAAAUUGAUAUGAAUCUUACUGAUCUUUUGGGUGAAUUACAACGGGAUCCUUGGCCUGUUCCACAAGGGAAAAGACCUUUGCGUUCCUCUGGAGUGGCUCUUUCUAUAGCUGUAGGACUCCUUGAGUGUACUUUCCCUAACACUGGUGCACAUAUAUUGAUGUUCAUUGGAGGGCCAGGCACUCAAGGACCUGGGAUGGUUGUAGGGGAUGAACUGAAGUUACCUAUAAGAUCAUGGCACGACAUUGAAAAAGACAAUGCCAAUUAUGUUAAAAAGGCUACUAAGCAUUUUGAAGCUCUGGCUAAUCGUGCUGCUACAACUGGUCAUGUUAUUGACAUAUAUGCAUGUGCACUAGAUCAGACUGGUCUUCUGGAGAUGAAGUGCUGUCCCAACUAUACUGGAGGCUACAUGGUAAUGGGAGACUCUUUCAAUACAUCCUUAUUCAAACAAACCUUUCAGAGAGUAUUUACCAAAGAUAUGCAAGGGCAAUUUAAAAUGGGAUUUGGUGGCACUUUAGAAAUAAAGACCUCAAGAGAAAUCAAGAUUUCAGGAGCUAUUGGACCCUGUGUCUCUCUCAAUUCCAAAGGACCUUGUGUGUCAGAAAAUGAGAUAGGAACAGGAGGUACGUGUCAAUGGAAGAUCUGUGGCCUUAAUCCCAAUACAACACUUGCGCUGUAUUUUGAGGUGGUCAAUCAGCACAAUGCUCCAAUUCCUCAAGGUGGACGUGGUGCAAUCCAGUUUGUGACUCAGUACCAGCAUUCAAGUGGACAGAGACGUAUCAGAGUAACCACAGUUGCCAGAAACUGGGCAGAUGCUCAGACACAGAUCCAAAACAUCGCUGCUUCUUUUGACCAAGAGGCAGCUGCCAUUCUUAUGGCCAGAUUGGCAGUUUAUAGGGCAGAGACAGAAGAAGGACCUGAUGUACUUAGGUGGCUGGACAGACAGCUGAUACGACUGUGUCAGAAAUUUGGAGAAUAUCACAAAGAUGAUCCAAGCUCCUUCAGAUUUUCAGAAACCUUCUCACUUUAUCCACAGUUUAUGUUUCACUUAAGGAGAUCUCCUUUCUUGCAAGUCUUUAACAACAGCCCCGAUGAGAGUUCAUACUAUCGACAUCAUUUCAUGCGUCAAGAUCUAACCCAGUCACUUAUCAUGAUUCAACCAAUCCUCUAUGCCUACUCUUUCAGUGGACCUCCAGAGCCUGUUCUUCUUGAUAGCAGCAGCAUUUUGCCAGAUCGCAUUCUUCUUAUGGACACCUUUUUCCAGAUCCUUAUUUAUCAUGGAGAGACCAUAGCUCAGUGGCGCAAGUCAGGCUACCAAGACAUGCCAGAAUAUGAAAAUUUCCGCCAUCUUUUACAAGCUCCAAUAGAUGAUGCCCAGGAAAUUCUCCAUUCCAGAUUCCCAAUGCCCCGGUACAUUGAUACAGAGCAUGGAGGAAGCCAGGCCCGCUUCCUGCUUUCUAAAGUAAAUCCCUCUCAGACUCACAACAACAUGUAUGCCUGGGGACAGGAGUCUGGCGCACCCAUUCUGACUGAUGAUGUCAGCUUGCAAGUCUUUAUGGAUCAUCUGAAGAAACUUGCCGUCUCCAGUGCUGCCUAAAAUGAUGCAACACAUUACAGACAUUGACAAGCUGAACUGUAUUUCAGCUUUCUUUUUCCUUUAUCUUUUUCAAUGUGUCUGCAAACAGAAUGCUGUGAUGUGCACAAGCUGCCUAACUAGAUUUCAAAGUGGUGUAGUUUUCAAGAAAGCAUUUGUUAACAGCAAAUGUCUUAAUGAAAUAUAAUCAGAGGAAAAAGAAAAAAGUCUUUUUGGUUACCAUGAUGAUUUAUAUAUAUAUUAUUUUUAGACCAUUGAUGAUAACUUUGAAAUGUGAUAUUUUUUUAAAUGGUUGAGAAUGUGACUCUGCCUUGCACUACAAAGACAUGUUAAACAUUACAAAGGAAAUCUGUAGUGGCACUGGGCAUUCUAGAUUGCCUUGUGACUAUUUCUCUUUACUCAUUUUGAACAAAAAGCAAACAAAGAUACAGAAAAAGCAUAUAAAAUAAAUAACAUAAACUCACUCUUUCUGACUUAGUCUACAGAGUGUUUAAUUUCUUCAAUAAUCAGUUGUGUUUGUGUGGUGAUUAUUCAGAAAAAAAUAUUCUCUUUCAAGUAUUGAUUUUUUUUAUGUUUAUUUUUUACCUUUGCUUUUUUUGGUAACAGAUUGUUUCCCUCCUUUCCUUUUAAAGAAUUUGAGCACAAUUUAAAAAAAUCAGUUCUUGUCCAAAGUGUAAACCUGACAAUCCACAUGUUGAAUCUCUGCCAAUAAUUGAACCCUAUUAUAGUUAGUACUAUCAAACACUAAUGUACAUUAAUAUACUCAAGGCGAAGGAGAAUAAUAUCUGAUACAUUUUAGAUUGUUCUAAGAAAAAGCCUACACUACAGUUGUGAAGUGAGUAGAAAUGUAGUCUUGAUUUGUCUUAGCCAGUAAAAUAUACUUUUUCCCUAGGAUACAUAGAUUUUUUUUGUUAUAGCCUUAUAAUAAUAAUACUCUGAUGUGUGACACUACACAUAUGCUUUUUUUGUUUCUGCUUCCUUUUUGUUAUAAAUUCAGUAGGUUGCAAAUUUUUGUUGAAACAGUAUUAUGCAUUAUAUGCCAUAAUUGUAAUACAUUUGGUGAUAUUCUGUUCUUGAUUUUUUUUGUAAAUUAAUGUGUUCACAUUUACUGUUUAAAGUUUACAUAUGGAACAGAUGUUUACAUUGCUGAUGCUAUUUUGACAAGCAAAAAUGUAAAAUUUGGUAGUGGAUAAUAAGAACAUGUUGUGCAAUGACUGAAGGAAGAGAGAUAAUUUUGACCUAGAAAUCCAGUUAUAUGCUCGUGAGAUAGGCAUGAGUUUUCUCCUGUUUGUCUGUAAAUUCUGUAAAACUUGAUGAAAUCAAUAGCCUAGUUUUAUUUCCUGAAUUUUCUUUUCUCUAAAUGAGAUUAUAUCCAGGCCAAAAGAAGCUCAAAUAAAGCAUACCUUUUCUCUCA